GCGCAUAACCCAAGGUUCUCUAUUGUCGACUGUCUAUCUGUCUGCACUGACUUCAGUGACUAUUUCCCCUUUAAACGGCCUCAUAGGGAAGGCCAUGGCCACGCCCACACUCUCCAUUCCCCUUCCUCUCCUGGCGGCUCUGCUGCAACUUGCAGUACUGCCUCUUGUCCACUCGGGGGCAUUCUACGGACACAAACAGCCCCCCCAGCCCAUGCCACACCUCCCCCAUAUGGGGGGUAAGGAGCAACACAUGCAGCAGCAGUGGCCAGUCAAGGAGAUGCCCCACAUACAAUACCCCCCGUACAGGAAAGAGAUUCCGCAGAUCCCUAUGCACAUGGGCAAGAAUUACCCUCGCAAAGGAGGACUGGUCAGUGGUGGACAUGACAAAGGCCAGAUUGUUUCUGGAGCUGCUGCGGGAGAGGUCCCUGGAGGACUUCCUGGUGGUCUACCCGGACAGCAGGGCCCUGCUGGGCCUCCCGGACCCCAGGGACCACCUGGGCCACCAGGACCACCGGGGAAAGGACAGCCAGGAGUUGAAGGGAAACCAGGGCCAGCUGGUCCACCGGGACUCCCUGGAGUAGGCAAACCAGGACUCCCAGGAAUUCCUGGCAAGCCAGGCGGCAUGGGAGAGCCAGGAGCUCCUGGAGAGCUGGGUCCUAGCGGCGGAGAGGGUCCAAUGGGGCAGCCAGGGACUCAGGGCCCUCCGGGACCUCCAGGCCUGCCAGGGAUAGGAAAACAAGGUGCUGGGGGUUUGCCAGGACAACCAGGAUCCAGAGGAGACCCAGGACACAAGGGCUUGCCAGGAUUACCAGGAUUACCAGGACCAAAGGGUGACAAAGGAAUUGGACCACCAGGACAGCCUGGCCACAAAGGGCUACCAGGACACCCUGGACCUCCAGGCCAGGGGGGGUUGCCUGGCAUAGGCAAACCAGGAAUUAAUGGCAUGCCUGGGCCACAAGGAGCACCAGGGAAACCAGGGCCACCAGGAGAGCAGGGACUGACAGGACCAGCAGGAGAUGGUGGACAGCCCGGUCCUCCGGGCCUACCUGGGCAAGGAAAACCAGGCCAGAAUGGUCUACCGGGACAACCAGGCAUUCCUGGUGGGAAAGGGCACCCGGGCCCUCCAGGUUUGCCAGGGAAGCCUGGAUUACCUGGAUUAGGAAAACCAGGAAUGCCAGGUCCCAAGGGAGAUAAGGGAAUGGGUGGAAUGCCUGGAGCCCUGGGACCAAAGGGAGACAAAGGCCAUGGAGGACUGCCGGGAGUGCUAGGGCCACCUGGACCAAUCGGACCCGCUGGUCCCCCUGGCCUUAUGGGCCCCCCGGGAGGUCUGGGCCAACUAGGGCCUAAAGGAGACUCUGGAGAGGUCGGACAUAAGGGGCAACCAGGUGGCCAAGGUGUGGCUGGUGCACCUGGACUGCCUGGUCCGAAUGGCUUACCAGGGGAGGCCGGACAGCCAGGGUUACGGGGUCUCCCUGGGCCUGUGGGACCCCAAGGAGAAGGAGGACACAAAGGGUUACCUGGGUCCCCUGGCAUUCCAGGCCUGCCUGGGCCAAAAGGGGAGGUCGGACUUCCUGGCGAGAAGGGUCCCCAAGGUCCAAAAGGAAUUCCGGGUCUGGGAGGUGCUGGUGGACCAAUUGGACCUCCUGGGGCACCUGGUCCUAAAGGUGACAAUGGAUCCCCUGGUCUUCCAGGCAUUGAAGGUGUGGGAAUCCCAGGUGUUCCUGGCCCUCUUGGACCUCCAGGUAAAGAAGGUCCGGGUGGACAACCGGGAAACCCAGGCCAACCAGGCCCACCUGGUCCCCCGGGCCCUCCCGGAGCCCCUGCCUUGACACCUGACUUGGGAGCAGUCCUCCCUGAGAUGGGCCUUCCUCCUGGCCUAGACGGAGUCAAAGCCGCCGGAUACGGCAAGAAAGGCAAAUACGGAGGGAAUGGUGGUGAGGGGAUGGGUGCUAGUGGGCUGGAAAUGCCAGCGUUCACAGCUCUGGUGACCACGCCCUUCCCGCCUGUAGGCACGCCCAUGGUGUUCGACAAGGUCCUGUACAACGGCCGUCAGAACUACAACCCCCAGACGGGCGUGUUCAUCUGCGACAUGCCCGGGAUCUACUACUUUGCUUACCACAUCCACUGCAAGGGUGCCAACGUGUGGGUGGCACUGAUGAGGAACGAUGAGCCUGUGAUGUACACUUAUGAUGAGUAUAAGAAGGGCUUCCUGGACCAGGCGUCGGGUAGCGCGGUGUUACCGCUGCAGCCCGGGGACUCGGUGUACCUCCAGCUGCCUUCUGACCAGGCGGCCGGGCUGUACGCGGGCCAGUACGUCCACUCCUCCUUUUCUGGGUACUUGUUGUACCCCAUGUAAGAAAAUACAAUUGUAGUGGUGGAAAACACAAAAAAAAGAUUGACGAUUUUGGGAUUGACAGUGAUGGGAUGAAAACCGCGAUGGGAUGAUGACAGUGAUGGGAUGAUAACCGUGAUGGGAUGAUGUCAGUGAUGGGAUGAUGCAUUGGACCAUCCCUGGGAGAAUUGGAGAGAGGAGUGUUUGUGUUUGUUUAAUCCAGGUCUCUGUGUACAUGUGGGCACCUGAUGUCCCCAGAAAGAUUUAAAUAUCGGUCCCUACAAGGUAUUUUGAAAGGCCCUCACUAGGCAACAUUUGAUUUGGGGCUUAGGGGUCAGGUUUAAGGAGCAAACUCAUAAUUGGGCAUCAUGUUAGAAUUGGGGUUACCUUUAGGCAUUAGGUGUAGGUUAUGUUUAGGCAAAAAAAGUAGGUAAACAGGGUUAUGGAUAGGUUUUGGGUUAGGGUUUGGAAGUAGAGAAUCUGGAUUGAUGGUUUAAGCUCUAGCCUCAGGUCCCCACAAGAAUAGAAAGACAAACGUGUGUGUGUGUGUUUGUGUGUGUGUUGUUUGUAUAUGUGUGUGUGUUUGUGAGUGACAGGAUACACACACAGAAUGCUUCUUAUAGCCAUUUACUGUAUGUUAGAAUCUCCAUUUCUAUCUACCACUCUGAAGACUUGUUAUAACACUAAUUAUAAUAUCACUUAUUAUGAUGACUAUAAUAAUUAUUACAUUGCUGCAUAUAAAUAGGGCAUUUAUUCAGCAGGACUCACAUAUUGUAAAAUGCAGCCAGACAUAUUUAUCAGUAUUAUGUAGAGUGCAAAGACUUAAUGGAAAAGAAAGUGUGAGAUAUUAUUGUCAAAUAGUACUGCGCAUUCUUCCCAGUUCCAAAAUAUUCCUCCACAAACUGGCAGCUGCCAUGAAUGAAACUGUGGCAAGAAUGUACAAACAAAAAACUAGGAUAAAUUGAAAACCUAAUGAAAUGGCACCUGAACUUUUGUAUUGUGAUACUUAUAAAAGAGAGUUCAAGAUUCAAAUAAAGUAGUGGUGCUUUCAUUCACGUAAGUUGAGAAGUUUGAUAACUAACUUUGUUAAAAACAAUUCUAUUCGCUUUUUACUUUUUCUUUAUUUUUUUUUGCAGACAAGCAUCAUCUGUAAUGUUUAUGUGGAGUACUUUGACACACAAAAUGGAUGGCAAUAUAAUGUAUUAUGGGUGUAAAAUUCUCCCAGAGAUGCUAUUUUACCCCGAAAUAUGAAAGACCACUGCUGCCAUUUUACAAAGCCAUUUGUUGAUGUAUGUGUCUAUUGUCGAUUUAAUAAAGCAGAAAUGUUUCACCGAUAGCGUUAGACAUGUAAAAUUGUUUGACCAAGACCCAGAUUAGACUAUAAGAAAUAUAAUACAAAAAUUAUUAGAAUAACUUUCCGAUGCCGGAUGGCCAGUCCCUCCCAACCAGAGAGGUGGUUGUGGUUACAAGUUAGUGAGAGGACUUAUAACAUAUGGUUUCCUGGUGGAGCCUAAUGAAUGAAGACAAAGACCCGAACGCCAAAACAGAGAAAAGGGUGAAAAAAUUAUUCUCAAUACAUCUUACUUUACCCCUCCCAUAUGUCCUUAUUUAACCUCGCCCCACUACCC